AUAGCGGGUUCUGUAACGAAUGAAUACAAUAGAAAUUAACGUCGAAGUUAGUUUAGCAGCAAGGUGUAAGCUGGGUGGUUCCAAUAAAACACACUCACAAACCCUCGCGAGACUGAGGUGACGUCAUCGUUCCGUCCCGGAAAUCUUUUCAUACUAAAUCAGCAUAAUGGCCGUCGACAAAAUCAUCCAUUUAUCCACAUACCGCUCGCUUAUCUCCGGAGCUUUUCACCGGUCACUAUAGCCACACGCCCCGAAGUCUCCGUUAUCGCAGCGUUCCUCCUAUGGCCUGGCUGGUUGCCCCACCCACAAUGCACUGCCAGAGGACUUGUGUCCCAGCUGACCUGCUGUAACCCCAGCCUUCCCAUCACUCCGGUCCACAGUACAUGAACACAGCUCGAUGCGAUGAGCCCAUCCUCCUCCAUUGCAACUCUAAUCACAAGAACUCACUGAUCUUUGCUCCUCAUAGUACCGAAGCCAUGUCUGGUUCAGGUGACUUACCUGCUCUCGAAGGGCCUGGGAUGGGCGGGAUGAAGCUCCCCAUCGGUAUGACCCGCCGGGCGCUCAGCUACGAUGACAAUCUGGAGGCGCCCAUGUCGACACCCCCACACGACAUUAACAUCACCAACCUGUGGAGGCGCCCCGUCGUGCCCGAGAGGAAGUUCAACCUCUUGGCUGAGGAAGACGAAGGUGUUACGGCGUGUCAGUCUAACAUGUUGGAGGGCGCCCCCUCCAGGUCCACAAGUGUGGUGAAGACCAAGGCUUCCUCUCUCAUCCUCAACUCUCUCAUCACCAAGCAGACUCACGACAGCAUGUACAAGUUUGAGCAGAAAGCGGGCCUCAGCGACACUGGUUACACUCCCCAUAAAGGCCUCACGGCAGAGGAGACGAAAUAUCACCACCGCAUGCCCGAAUCCUUCCAGAAAAUGCAGCUUCAGAGCCUGGAGGCCCGGGAGGAGCGCCAGAACUCGUCAGCCCAGUCCACGCCAUCCACCACUCCGCACACCUCGCCAAAACAGCAACGCAGGAGCUGGUUCAAUAGCACCAGUUCGGACGUCAGUGUGAGCUCCUCCAACAGCAGCGUGGAUCUGGUGGGAGGCGACGGAGGAGGAGGAGGAGGGAUGCUGGAGCGCUGGGGCACGUUUGGGCCACGACCGCUCGCGCACAAGUCCACCUCCGAUCUGGGCGGCGAUCCUUCAACGCAAGCAGGCUUUGCACUGCAGGCGUACCGCGGCGCCCACAAGCCCAGUGCCGCGGAGGUCAUGAAGUCACAGGCGACCGGCCGCUUGGCCGACGUGCCCGACGCCCAGAGGGCAGCCGCCCCGCCCAAGAUGGAGAUCCCAACGGUGGACGGGCGGCGGCAGGCCGCUCGCCCGCACAAGCUCAAACCCCGCGACAUGAACGUCUUGACGCCCUCCGGCUUUUAGACGACGCCGCCCGUCAUGUUGCCCGAUCGCCUUGCCGCUCCGACGAGGUCACGGUUUGCCUUUUCGCGGCUUUCAGUCGGCUACGUUCCAUCUCAAAAUGGCAGCGCCGAGGUAGAGUGGCAAUCCCAAUUCGCAGCAUCAUCAGUGAUUGACUCAAACCAUUUUUUUUGUAGCUUUUUAAAUAUUCCUCACAGCACAGAAGAGUGAACCACCGUGUCAUGAAACCAAAAUGCAGUCCCAACUAUUCUUCAAAACGGCGAACAAAGGAGGCGUUGGUCCAGUGAUGCUGUCACCUCAUGGUGAUUUUGAGUUGCAAGUAUCUGUCAAACAGUUCGAUAGUCUUUUUUUAUUUUUUUUUCCAAGUGCUUGGAUCAUUAUAAUUCAAUGAAUUAUAAAUAAUACGGUAAAAUGAAAAUACUUUUUUGUGCACAGGAAGUUCGCUUAGCUCCUCCAUACCGAAAUAUAUGCAGCGGGAUCUAUUUAAACCUGUGCAAAUUGUCACUCGUGAAAAAGUGACUUUGGAAUAAUCUUGACACGAUUCUUUCAGAAUGAUUCAAGAAGCUCAUCCUGUAUUUGCACUUUAUACCAAGCAUCAUGAUCUGCUUAAUUAAUCCGGAAGAUGUUCAUGAAGUAUACUGAAGUAAAAAAAUUGUGGUCUCAGGACAAUGCCUGACCCACUCGUGAAUGAAAUGGUCCACAUUUCUACUUUUUAUUUUUUUUUCUUCCUUGCCUCUUUGUUGAGAUGGUUUCAUGACUAGUGUAGUCAGUACAUAAUAGAAGUACAUUAGUUUGUUUUUCAAGUUGUCAAAAAAGAAGCAACACGGCUUAAUUGCAGGUGUUAUUGCAAGAGUUCUCAUAUGUGAAGCUUGUAUUCUCUCUUUUUUUCCGUUGUAGUUGCACUUUUUUUAUUGUUUUAGUUAUUGCACUUUUAUUUUCAGGAAGUGCAACUAAGUGGUGUCACUGUUACUUUCCCUUCCCUUGAAAAGAAAAAAAAAAAUAACAGCAUCCGUGAAUAUGACUUUUUGUUCACGCCUAAAGGUUGGCAGCGUUCGCCACGGUCCUUACUGAGGAAAAAAAAAAACAAUUAACACUCCUUGGGAAUUUUGAGAGAGAAAAAACGGUUUCACCAACCGAUAGUGCUUGUAAAAUGUACAUAAAAUUGUACCAAAAUAAAUGUUUGAAAGCAAGCGGUUCCAAAAGAUAGAAAUGAAAUGUGUUGUACUUAAUUACAGCUGAACUGUACUUAUCAAAUGGACUGUCCUUGAUUAAAAAAAAAAAAGACGGGACGCGGUUAAGCCACUGUAACAUUAUGCAUUAUUGCAGACAAUUUGUGGCCCAGAAAAAAAAUGCCCUUGCAGUAUAUGCUGUAUGACCCAUGUGCCGUAUGUUGCCCACCCCUCCUCGAAACGGACUGAAGUAUGUCUCAAAAUGUGUCCUUUUUCUUUGUUGUGGUUUCUAGUGUCUGCACAUGAUUCUUUUUGGCUGAAUUUGAGAAUAAAUGUCAACAUUUUCAUCACCACAAAAAUAAA